UAAUUUGAAAAAUAAUCCACCCUCAUGUUUUGAUUAUUCCAUACUAUUACAAUUUGCCAAUCAGGAACAGAGGUGGGCGAAUUCUAUCACGUGGUGAGUCCAUAGCCAACCCCGAGCUGGUUAUUGUUUUUCAAUCUUCCCGGUGAACUCUGUGUAUUGAGUGCGCAUGUUGGCCAUGCUUGUAUAUGUUGUGCUGUGAGCUGUAAGCCUGGCGGGCUGUUCUGUGAAAUAAAAAAAAAUUAAGAUUUAAUAUUGUUUUUGUUGAUUUAGUGAUUAUUUUUUAUUAAAAAUAUAAAAAAGUGUUCUAUGAAUACGUCGGAGCCGAAAAAUCCACCGAUCACCAUGAGCAAAUUAUAUAUUGGUAAUUUGCCAUCAGAAACAAAUGAAUCGGGUUUACGACAAUUAUUCCUUGACCAAAAUUUGUCCUGCACAAAUAUUUUAGUGAAGCGUGGUGGAUAUGCUUUUGUGGAUUGCCCUGAUCAAUCAUCAGCUGAUAAAGCAAUUGAUAAAUUAAAUGGGUUUAACUAUCAAGGAGCAACACUUGUAGUUGAACCUUCUGUUGCAUCAGGAAAGAAAAGAAGCUCCACCGGUGUGCUUCCGGAUUCACCAGGUGAUCAAGUCCAGGGUAAUGGAUGGUCUGGUUCAGCUAAAAUAAUAGUCUCACAACUACCUCUUCAUGUACGAUUUGAAGAUUUGGAACCAUUACUUACACCAUAUGGCUCAGUACAAUCUUGUGAAAAGCUUACAUCUAAAGAUCCAAAUACACAAACGGUCCAAAUUACAUUUGAAAAUGCAGAACAAGCACAGCAAGCGGUAAAUCAAUUAAAUGGAGUUGAAUUGGAGGGAGCUACCCUUAAAAUGGAGCUAGCAUUAGAACGAAGAGCAACUGGACGCAGAAAUCCACGGGGUCCAGGCAGUGGUCCAUUUGGAGGAUUACCUAGUCAGGGACGUCAAACAGAUUUUCCUCUUCGUAUCCUUGUGCAAAGUGAUAUGGUUGGUGCGAUUAUCGGUAGACAAGGUUCAACAAUACGACAAAUAACACAGGCAACCAGAGCUCGAGUGGAUGUACAUCGAAAAGAUAAUGUUGGAUCACUUGAAAAAGCUAUUACAAUUUAUGGUAAUCCAGAAAAUUGUAGUAAUGCAUGUAAAAGAAUUUUAGAAGUUAUGCAAACAGAAGCUACCAACACUAAUAAAGGAGAGAUAAGCUUAAAAAUAUUGGCACAUAAUAAUUUAAUUGGUCGUAUUAUUGGAAAAGGUGGUAAUACAAUAAAACGUAUUAUGCAGGACACAGAAACGAAAAUCACUGUAUCGAGUAUUAAUGAUAUAAAUUCAUUUAAUUUGGAACGAAUUAUAACUGUUAAAGGAUCUAUUGAAAAUAUGAGCAGAGCUGAAGCUCAAAUAAGUGCCAAAUUACGUCAGAGCUAUGAGAAUGAUUUACAAGCAAUGGCUCCACAAAGUAUGAUGUUCCCUGGCUUACAUCCAAUGGCAAUGAUGUCUACCGCCGGUAUUGGUUAUUCAGGGCGUGGAGGUAUGUACUCUGGCCAAGCACCAUACCCAGGCAUGUAUCAAGUGGGUGGACCAGGUGGUCCACAAGGUGCUGGUGAUGCACAGGAGACAACAUUCUUGUAUAUACCAAAUAAUGCUGUUGGUGCUAUAAUUGGGACCAAAGGAUCACACAUUAGAAAUAUAAUUAGAUUUUCUGGUGCUUCGGUGAAAAUCGCCCCACUAGAUCAGGAUAAACCUCAGGAUACGCAAACUGAACGUAAAGUUACUAUUGUUGGGUCACCCGAAUCACAAUGGAAGGCUCAGUAUCUUAUUUUUGAGAAAAUGCGGGAAGAAGGUUUCGUCGCUGGUUCUGAUGACGUACGAUUAACUGUUGAAAUAUUAGUACCAUCCGCACAAGUUGGACGUAUUAUUGGUAAAGGUGGUCAGAAUGUUCGUGAAUUGCAACGUGUUACUGGUUCGGUUAUUAAAUUACCAGAACAAGCUGCGGCGCAACCACAGCCAGAGGAUGAAACUACUGUUCAUAUUAUCGGUCCAUUCUUUAGCGUACAAUCCGCCCAAAGACGAAUUCGAGCGAUGGUAAUUCAGUCAGCUACACCACAGCAGGGUACACGUGGUGCGCGUCAACAGAGACGUGAUCCCAGUCAACAAUCACAACCUCAACAAUAAAAUUUAACAAAACAAAAAAACAUCAUUAAAAUAUAAUUCACAACACCAAAUAUUCUUACAACCCCCUCCCCCAUUUAAAUAAAUAGCCAUCAUAUCCAUAACAUUUAAAAUUCAAAAAAUAAAGCGUGUGAUGGUGACGGAUUUGUUUUUAAAACCAUUCGUCUCCCCAAAAAGUUCUUAACAUUUUUCAUCAUUCAAUAAAAAUAAUCACGUCGCGUCCAUAUUAUAUUUACAUGUAGUUUUUACAAUAACAAUUAGAAAGUGGUGGUGAAAUUUACGAAUAUUAUUAUUUUAAAAAUAUUACAAAAAACUCUAAAAGAAGAAAACACUGCCCAUUACAUAUUAUAAUAUACAUACUUCUACUGUUGUUACAUUACGAAUCUUCUUAAAAUCGAACGAUAAAGAGAAGAUGGAGGAAUUUAAAAAAACCGCAUCGAAGCCCUUUAAACACACACAUACAAAUACAGGAAAACAAAAUCAUAACAAAUACAUCAAAUGAAAUGCACCGUUUCUUUCAUCAGGAGUUUCAUAUUAAGUAAAACUAAUUUAAAACAAUAAUUUUUUUAUUCAGUAAUACAAAUAAAUAAACACACUACCUCAUCAAUAAAAAAUGAAUAAUUAUAGAAUAGAAAAAGAAGAAAUAACUAAUUACAACAGAUUCAAAAGAGAUAACUAUACUAAAUAAUUGUGAAAUUUAUUUUCAAAAUUACCUCAAACUAAAAUAAAGGAUAAAAACUUACCUACUAAUUAACUACAAUAAAAUAU